AUGUCUGAUUUCCCAAAGGAGACACAGAAGAGCUUUGUGCAGCAGGCCAAAGCAUGGGGUGAAAGCUCGGUACCUCCAUCUCUCCUUGCGACCUUCAUCUUCGCUCAACAUGCCCGACCCUUUCAGACCCUGCCUAUGCUUUUCCCGCCCCUACUCCUCUUUUCAACAUACCUGAAUUUGCAGGGUUACAAGAUCGAUUCGGCAGGUACCACAGCUGCUCUGUCAGGCAGCUACAUCGUCUUAGCAUCCCGACGCCGUAUGGGUUUCGUCAACAAAUUUGGUGCGAGAGGACUCAUCAGAGGUGCCACUAUAGGGCUGGCCCUUGCCAAUGUUGUCGGUGGAGGGCUUGCCUACACUUUUGGGAGUCGCUCGAAAGAAGACGAUAGAGGUGCAUCAUGA